UUUUUUUCUCUCUUGUCUACUCGGUUCUUGGUUCUUCCUAAAAAGUUUUUCUUUUCUUUUAUCCCAUUUUCAGAAAGUCGAUCUCGACCAACGAGCUCGUCAGCCUAAAGCUGCAACUCGCAGAUGUGCAAUCCGCUUCCCACGCUACCACACCCCCCCCUUUCGCUUCCAGCCAGAGCCCGCUUUCUUUUCUUCACGAGCCAUGGAUCGAUGAAACCUGUCGCUGCUUUUGCGAGCCUGUUCUGCGUCUGCCAUGUUCCUGUCGUCAGGUACUACUUGUUAGCGUCAGCGCGUUUGUCGUCCGGUUCUCUAAAUAGGCUUAGAUGGUACACCCGGCUGGGCGAAAGGUCGAACGGGAGGGCGGUCUAUUUACACUAUCUACAUAGACGACGAACCGCGUCGAAGUAGACGGGUCCAACGGUAACCUAUUUAUUCACACACACCCCAUUCAAUGACAUGAUGGUAUAUACACUUGGAUGUGCCACGUCCAAUCCCGAACAGCCAACAUACACCCACGCCCACCCUCCAGAGGCUAAGAACCUUCUCGGUAGAAGUCUGAUAUUCCGAUAUAUUCAGGGAUACGUUCCAUCAUCUGGAUCCUAGAAAAGCCGUCUUUCUUUCUUCUACUUACUAUACUCCGGACCUCCUCGGGAUAGAGAUCAGAAUUUCCUCUUCCAUGACCGCCAUAAGAUAUAUAAUCUCUACAUAUAGAAACACCUGUUCGGGUUCUGUUCUCUUUGUCAUAAUACUCUCACGACCCACACAGUCAGACCUAGUAGUCUGCUUGCCUACCCAGGAUCCCGUUCUUAUGUCAACCAUGAUACCCUUAUUCAUCCUUUCGUCUUACUGCCGCAAGAAGCCGGUUGGUUUUAUUCGUCGUUUCCGCAGCCGCUUCCCCGAUAUUCUUCAACCCCCAUGUCCCCACAUACAUACGUACAUCCACAUCCACGCACAUACAUACAUAUACAAUCAUCCUUAUACAUAUACAUACACUACAUUGGUCCUUCUUCUUUCUUUCCUUUCCUAAUAUCGAAGCAAUCACCCUGACACAAUUACUAGACGCACGAAGGUUUUGUAUUUCCCGAAUUACUAGUCUACCUGUCCGUUUCCCCCCUGUAUGCAGUGCAGUAGCACGUCUCCCAGAUCCUCCUGCAUAUUAUACUCCCACUCCCCCUUCCCAUCGAAAGCUGCCCUUUCAUCAAAGGCAAAGACAUAUCCCGUCCUACCUUCGCCCCCCACAACACGUCGUUCCUGAGUGGAAGUGAUAAUCGUCUCUUUUCGGCAUAUGGCUCUUAAACUAGGAUGAACUUACCAAAGUCCACUCGUUUACGAAUGACUUAUACCCUAAGCAAGAAAAGACCGAACCGAUGGUCCCCGAUCCGAAGCGUAUGUGUGUCGUUGUUGUUGCCCCCCGUCUGGACCAAACAUGCAUACGCCCCCGUGGAGAUCUGCCCACAUUGACACAGCAUGAAGAUGGCCAGACUACCUCAUCACAUAUGCGUGGUCUUUCUUAUACAUAAUACUAC